UACUACAAUAUUCGGUAGAGAUGUCAACAGUUCUCUAAUGGAAGUCUAGUUGGAAUUGUGUAGAAUUGGUGUGUAGGUUUGAGGUAGUGUGUUUUGGUGAAGAAUCUGGACUUCGAAAUUAUUUAAUGGCUACAUUUUCUUGAAGGUUUGUUUGACAAACAUUGGGUUGCUACAGAACAUAUUAAAAACGUUCGAAUCAAAAUAUGGCCUCCAUGCCUCAGUCAAAUAAGUUGCAGAGACAAGACACAGGCAUCACGCCGCUCUCGACAACUAAACCUUUGAUAACCUUAUUCCCUCAGAAAUCAGAUUGUGUCUACACACCAUGUUACUGCGAGGAGAACGUGUGGAAGCUGUGCCAGGGGGCCAGCCAGGCGCACCCCUCGGAGCUGCAGCACUGCCACGUGGUGUUCGUGUCCAACGACCGGCGCACCGUGCCGCUGUGGCGUCAGCGAGCCAGCCAGGAUGAGGACAAGCCGGUCAUCUGGGAUUACCAUGUGUUGUUCCUGUACAACCCUGAUGACAGAUGCGUGGUCUACGAUCUGGAGUCGGAGCUCCCAUUCCCCACGCAUUUCCACAAGUACGUGACCGAGACGUUUCGCACAGACCACAUUCUCAAGCCUGAAUACUUCAGAUACUUCAGAGUGCUGCCCGCCACGCUGUUCCUGCAGCACUUUGCGUCUGACCGCCGCCACAUGAAGCGUGCAGACGGCUCGUGGGUGCACCCGCCUCCGGAGUACCCUCCCAUCAAGACGGCAACGUCGACGCACAACCUGGAGGACUUUGUGAGCAUGGAUCCCACGCGCGGGCACGGCCAGGUGCUAAACCUCGCGCAGCUCGUCAAGAAGUUCUACCAGCAGCCGUAGACGUGCCGGCCCCACGCACGCUGGCAACUCUGCUGGUUAGAAGGUAACUUAGAAUAAACUCACCUUACUAUCUUAGCAAUUCUUUGCUUGUAAUUUUGUUUUCCAUCCAAGUUUGUCGUGAAUUAUUAUUGCUUGUGAAAAUGCGAAGUUUUUAUAACUAUUUGCCACAUAUUAUGUGAUAAUUUAAAAAGGGUAAUGUAAAUACAAUGUAGGGUAGGUGGUGUUUCAUUUCUAGUCACAUUGUCUGAUUUAAUGCACGUUCUCCUGUGUUAAAGUUGUGUGAUAUUAGUGAUCUCGUUUUGUUGUUAAUUUAUUAUAGUGUCUUCAAGGAAAUGUUGAUAUAAAUUAAUUACGAAUUUAAUAAUAAAAUUUGAUGUUUGUAUGAACAUGUGGGGAGCUUUAUGGUCUACAUUUUCAAUGCAAUUUUAGUAUGUCAACACAAGGUGAUAAUGUGUUUACAUGAUUAGUAUUGUUAUUAUCUAAACAUUAUUGUAUUGUAUUGUUACAAUAAUUUUAUAGUCUGAAGUUUACAUUUCUAUGUUGUGUACAAGUGAUGCCGAUUGUAGUGAGUAUUCUUGCAUUGUUUGUUAUUUUGUGCAGCAAGUUCUAUAGUUGAUUGUGUGCACUAGAAAGUCUUUUAAGUAAUGUGGUUUCUGUUGAAUUUGAAGUUUAUGUUCGGUUCUCUUAUGCGUAUGUAUUUAACUACGGACGAGUGGACCAAGUAUUGGGUGCUGUCUCGCUGAUGUGGAUUGCAUUUUUUUUUAUCUGUUGACAGUACAAAUCGACUGCUUUCUCUCUGCAGUAAAAAGUUGUGAUUGUAGGUAGUUUUAUUAUUUCAAAUAAUUGUUGUAGGUGCAGUAAUUUUAUGUUGUGUAUUCAUUCGUUCAUUCGUUCACAGCAAAUCAUUAAGGCCUUCAAUGAUUUUAUGCCCUUAAUGCUCGGUCUUAAGAAUAUUUUGGCCUGUUUUUUAUUGGGGGGGAGGGGGGGGGGGGUUUGUGUUUUCAGUACAUAGAGGAAAAUAUCCCUUUCCCCCACCACCAGACCAGGAACCAGUCCCUGGGACUGACGGCUCAGGCUCCACCCCGCGGAGACGUGCCUGAGCAGUGGAGAUACAGCAGUUAGGCUUCAACUGCACGUUUGCCUGUCAUAUUUCAUAUUUACCCGCUAACGACUGAACAGUUUUUUUUAGUAAUAUUCAGAUCGUUAUUGCACCCAGAAAACAGGUCUUCUUGUCACGCUCAGUUCAAUUAUGCUUACAUAUGUAUUGUUCUUCAGUUUUUGUAAGAAAAUCCUGCAUUUGUCGUAUUGGCACAUGAUGAAAAGUUAAGGAAGAUGUAGUUCACGCAUAAAAAUUACUGAUACACACACCAGAACUUAUUAUGAAUCAUAGCAGUUGAAUUUGUAAAUGCCAUGCUAAAAUUGAUUAAACUCAGUAAUUGGCAAACAUAGAAAGGGGCAUUCCAAUAAUGCAAUGGUACCAAAAAUAUGUGCCUAACAUGUGCACUGAGAUAAAGCACAAUUGUCGCUCAGAAAUGUCGAGAAAUUGGAUGAUCUCAGACAGUCACGUGAGCCGACCACAUGUAGCCAAUCAAGAGGAGGAUUAACUGAGCUAUUAUAAUUAUUAUUAAGUAUGUUAUUAACAUUAUCAUACCAAAUAUCUGUGAUUACAAGACAUCUGCUUGCCAGGUUUUAAUCUGUAACAUACUCAUAAAAGGAUUUGCCCAAAUUCUUUUUUAAAAUUUAUAUUUGAAAAUAUUUUCAUGAGUGAAUUAAAUUUAAAAAAAAAUUAUGUUUGAUACAGCAAAAAAAUAUGAAAGCAUAAAGAAAAUGUUUUAUCGCCACUGAUUACUUGAUAAAUAACACAAAACAUCUAACAUUUAUAACUUCAGUCAAAUUUAAUGAAAUUAGUCUGCAUAGGCACCUACUCUGUUUUAUUUCUAUUUACAUAUAAUCAUAAGCAAAAUAUACAAUUUAAAAAGAUAACACUGAUUUGACAAUGAUUUAACAAAAAAUUUACAUUUCUAACAUUUCUAAAUAUUUUGUUAUAGCCAUCCAAAAAUGGAUUUCCAUGAAAGCCCAAUUGGAGAUAACAAGUCAAAAUAAUUUCGGGGAGAAUUAGUUUAGUAAGAGUAUUAGAGUAUUAGGCAAUUUAUUUUGUGGCCAUUGAAGAAUAAAAGUGUAACUAGAUGUGAGUAUGGAUACGUAAUAUUAAGUGGCUGAAUUUUUGGAACAAAAAACUAGGUUGGGGGGGGGGGGGAGAAAUCUGCUUGAAUCCCUA